CGUUGCCUUCGCAGCUGCUCGGCGCCCGGUCCGGUCAGGUCCCGCGGUCCCGUCCCCAGCGCCGGCCCCAGUGCGGCGGGAGGGCGCUGACAGACCGCGCUCCCGGCGGUUCUGCUUUGCCUGCGUUCCGGGACAGCUCUGUACAGGGGCGGCACAGAGGGGCGCCGCGCGCUGCCGUGCUCUUGUGGCUGACAAUGAAAUGUAGCGAACGGCAAACAUGUCCCGAGAGACUGGAAGCGAAGCCCAGCAGUCCCAAGGCGCCCAGCAGUCCCAGGGCGGCACCAGCUCCUCCUCCAGCGGCUCCCAGAGCACCAGUCAGUCCUCCUCCAGCUCCGGGACCCUCAGUUCCCUGGACACUGUUCCCACGCAGGAGCUGCCGUCGAUCCCUGAGGACCAGGAACCCGAAGAGCUCGCUCCUCAGCCUUGGGGUCGACUCUUUGCACUUGGAAAAGGUUUCAGCAAUUGUGACUGUGUGAAUGACGAAUACUGGUUUGGCAGAGACAAAAGCUGUGAUUAUAGUUUUUCUAAGCUGGGAUUGUCUGAUACUGGCUUCUACCAAAACUAUAGCAAGAAGCAUUUCCGAAUUUUCAGGGAAAUGGGUCCAAAAAAUUCCCAUGUUGCCUACAUUGAAGACCACAGUGCAAAUGGAACUUUUGUUAACAGAGAGCUUGUUGGAAAAGGGAGGAGGCUUCCACUGACUCACAACUCUGAAAUUGCAUUGUCUAUACAGAAUAAUAAGGUGUUUGUAUUUUCUGAUCUUAUGGUGGAUGAUCAGUUGGUGUUUCCUAGAGAAUUCAGAGAGAAAUAUAUCAUGUCCAAGACUUUGGGAAGCGGGGCCUGCGGAGAAGUCAAACUGGCGUUUGAGAAGAGCACUUGUAAUAAAGUCGCGGUGAAGAUAAUCAAUAAACGGAAGUUCAUGGCCAGCGGCAUUAGAGAGGCGAACCCGGCUUUUAAUAUCAAUACAGAAAUUGAAAUUUUGAAGAAAAUAGAUCAUCCUUGCUUAAUCAAGAUCAAAAACUUCUAUGAAGCAGAGGAUUACUACAUUGUUUUGGAACUGAUGGAAGGAGGAGAAUUGUAUGACAGAGUGUCAAGGCCAGUCAAGAUGAAAGAAGCUACUUGCAAGUUGUAUUUUUAUCAGAUGCUGCUGGCUGUGAAGUAUCUUCAUGACAAUGGAAUUAUACACCGAGAUCUAAAGCCAGAGAAUGUGCUACUUUCAUCUUCUGAAGAGACAUGUCUUAUAAAGAUUACAGAUUUUGGACAGUCCAAGAUUCUUGGAGAAACUUCUCUCAUGAAAACAUUAUGUGGUACUCCCACGUAUCUUGCUCCUGAGGUUCUAAAUUCACUUGGGACUGCUGGAUACAGCCGAGCUGUGGACUGCUGGAGUUUAGGAGUUAUUCUUUUUGUGUGCUUGUGUGGAUAUCCACCAUUUAAUGAGCAAAAUACCCAGCUGUCACUGAAAGAUCAGAUCACUCGUGGAGAAUACACGUUCAUUCCCAAAGAAUGGAAGCACGUAUCGGACAUGGCUCUGGAUCUCGUGAAGAAGCUGUUAGUAGUGGAUCCAAGCAAACGUCUUACGACAGAGGAAGCCCUGGAGCAUCCGUGGCUUCAGGAUGAGGAUAUGAAGAGUACAUUUCAACAGCUACUGGCUCAGACAAGUGCUACUAUGAAUCCACCACAAACAUCAAAAAUGCCAACCACAAUGAGAAAGCGUCUCCAUGAAGCCGAGGGAGACUCGGGCUCUUCGAAGCGUGCUGUUCCUUCUACGUCAUUUCAGAAAAUGAAGUGAAAAAAAGAGAAAGUAGCUUUUUUAUGGAAAGCAGAAUUUUUUAUUCAAGAAAAAUCUUAAUAAUGGAAUAACUGUUGAAGAUGCAAUUGCUAAAUAAAAAUAGCUUUAUAAGACUGAA